GUGAUUGUGAUUCUUUAAAACACAGCUGGAGAAAAGAUACACAUUUUACAUACAUAUAGCUGUUUAAAACACAUUGAAAAAUGUUGAGAGGCCCACAUUUAAAAUUCAAUAUUUAAAAAAACACUUCAUAAGUUAGGCUGUAGUUUCUCAAUUGCCCUUUCCAAAGGGAUGAUAUACAUCCCUAAGGUCAAACUCAAAAUUUUCCUCUCCACCUUUACCCUGAAAAAUCCUUUGACAAUCAAUGUUUGGACAGUCUUCAAUGCCCACCAAGCUCUGUUAAUUCCGAUGCCGCCUGAAGGCAUCAUCUUUGUCACUUCACACGCGACAACGUGAAAUUGUCACUCUUGGAUUUGGUUAUUUUUUUUAGUAAAGCAACGCAGUUUCUCCUGGUGCUGGAAAACCAGCCCACCGGCUGUAGGGCUGAGGUGUUAAACGUUUUUAAAUUAACCGACCCUCCGAAACCGGAAGUGACAUCACCGAAACGCACUCCUUUUGUCUGACGACCUUAUCCGGAGGAAGUGAAGCUCAGACAAGGCAGCUGGCUCAUAGGAGGGGAAAAAAGAAAAAAAAAAAAAGAGUGAGCGAGACGGAAAAGAAGUUCACUGAUUUGCGGGAAUUUUGACAGAGUUGGACCCUGAGUCCAAACAGUCCCGGCCGCUCGGAGCUCCGUGGAGGAAGACGGAGGCAUCGGCACCGAAAUAAUGGAAGACUCUCAUUUUAACUCAUCAUACUUCUGGUCUCCUGUCCCCACCGUGCCGGGACAGAUCGAGAAUGCCAUGUUCCUGAAUAAGGUGAAGGAGCAGCAGGAGAAGAAUGCUUCGUUCUCUCCUUCCUCGGCGUCCCACUAUCAGACGGCUCUGCUCACCAUCCCCACACCUGGGGCUAAGACAGAUGGAGGCGGGCAGGCUGGCAGCGCGGCCCACCUCCACCCGCCCCACAGCACCCAGAACAUCACGGUGCUGCCGGUACCCUCCACGGGCAUCAUGACAGCAGCUGGUCUGGUAAUCACGACUCCUCAGGGAACGCUGGUCUCUCCCACCUCCUCUCAGUCAUUCGUAUCUGGUCACACAGCAACAACCAUGAUUGUUUCAGCACUCCACUCUCAAGACAAAAAACAAGGGGACGGGACGUCCCAUGUGGUCGUCAUGCCAACACCCUCUAAACGAGGGAGGAAGAAGAAGACGGCGCUGUCCAGAGUCACUCCUCUUGGUGGACCAGGAAAUGACACGCUAAUACUGGCCCAUCUGACAGCUGGCGGCCAGGUUGCUCUGCAGCAUCAUCCUGGGGACCCAUAUGAGCUGUCAAACGAGGACGAGGACCACGGCCCGAAAGAUAGCACUAAGACAUACAGGUGCCGGAUGUGUGCGGCGACCUUCUUCAGUAAGUCUGACAUGCAGAUCCACUCCAAGUCGCACACAGAGGCCAAACCCCACAAGUGUCCUCACUGCGCCAAGUCAUUCGCCAACUCCAGCUACCUGGCCCAGCACAUCCGCAUCCACAGUGGGGCCAAGCCUUACACCUGCUCCUACUGCCAGAAAUCUUUCAGGCAGCUCAGUCACUUACAGCAGCACACACGGAACCACACAGAGUCAAAGCCUCACAAGUGUCCUCAUUGUACCAAGUCAUUUGCCAACUCCAGCUACCUGGCUCAGCAUAUCCGCAUCCACACCGGAGUGAAACCCUACACCUGCUCAUACUGCCAGAAGUGCUUCAGACAGCUCAGUCACCUUCAGCAGCACAGCAGAAUUCACACCGGAGAUCGGCCAUAUAAGUGCACCCACCCGGGCUGUGAGAAAUCCUUCACGCAACUCUCAAAUUUACAGUCCCACCGGCGUCAGCACAACAAAGACAAGCCGUACAAGUGCACCAACUGCAAUAAAGGAUACAUAGAUGCAGGGAGCCUGGAGGCGCACAUGUCCACACACACAGUCAAACAUGCCAGGAUCUACUCAUGUGGUCUCUGCAACCGCACGUACACCUCAGAGACGUAUCUGGUGAAACACAUGGAGAAACACAAUCCAGACCAGUUGACUGCGACAGCAGUGGUGGCAGCACAGCCAGCACAACAGAACCAAAGCCAGGCCCCUGGCCAGGCUGGAGCUCAGAGCAGAGGAGAGAGUGCAGAUGGAGGAGCGAGCCGAGCUGGGAGCGGAGCAGCGGGGGGAGGCCAGCAGGGGCAGAACAGCUACCCCCAGACAGACACCAUGCCAUGUCCGUUUGACCUGCAUCAGUAUAAGACAGUCUCUCCCAGCGACAUCCAGUACAAACCAGUCAGUGUGACUAACAUUAAUUCCCACAAGGACCACUGUCUCACUGUGUCCGCAUCCACCAUUCAAGUGGAGCACCUCAACUCUUAGAGGUGAUUAAAGAAGGGACUGUUGGGAUUUUGCGGGGACAUUAGAAUAAAUUCAAGAUGGAGGAUGGAGAGUCAAGGAUUAAAGCAAUAUUAUAAUAAUACACAAACUUUUGGACACAUUACCAUGCCUGAAUAAUGAUUUGAGGCAGACAGGACAAAUCAUAUGCUGACUCAGUAUACUAAAGACUGUAAUUGUUUUUUAAAGUUUUUUUUUUUUGUCAACCACAUUUGAUUUGUUUAAUUUUGCUUAGCUGUCCGGAGUAGGAAGUGCAUGUAAAGGCUGCAAUGUUUCAGUCCAUCACAGUGAUGGUUUUAUGACAGGAAGCGUCUGAGAGACAGUGCUUCUUUUUAUUGUUACCACCCUCUGCUCUUCCAUAUAAAUACAAUUUUGACCAUAGCAAUUUAUGGUUUCUCUGUUGGCGAAACUGAUAGUCAACUGUGAAGGUAAAUUUUUAUACUUUCAUUCAGAGACUUUCAGUUUUUACAUCAGUGUUAUUACCUCUGCUAUGAUGUAACGUACAUGCUUGUGAUCUUUUUAACCUUAAAAGGGACAUAGAGGUUAUUUCCUUUUUAGGAAAGAAAAAAUAGAUGGAAAGGUUUAUGGAGUUAUACCCAUCAAUUUAUAAAGUAUGAUUGUGCGUGUAAAGGAAUUCAUUUAGACCUGUUUUCUGGCUUUCACAUGACCUUUUGGGGAGUGAUGUACCACUUCAUGUUUCAUGUAAUCCAGUGUACUGCUUUGUGUGUAUGUCCAUAAAGUAAUGUUAUCCAAAUGUGCUCUUGCUAUUACAUCUCCACAGUAACAAUGUUUCUAAUAGUUCUUUACAGAUAUAUGAGAAUUUGAAGUUUGUGCAGUUUUUCUUUCAUCUUAUAACAAAAUAAACCUUCUAAAGUA